AUGUACUCCAAGAUUGCCGUUGUGGCCGCUCUGUUGGCUUUCGCCGAGGCUCGCUUUGGCCAGGAAGGUGCUGUUCAGAAUAUCAUUUCUGCCCUGGGAAACUUUGGCCAGCCCGGUCAGGCCGCCACUCUUGCCGGUGCUACUCCCGGUGUCUUGCUCGCCGGCGCCAAUGCUUGCGCCAAGCUCCAACUCGCUGACCAAAUCGUCGCGACGCUCGGCAACGACCCCGAGGUCAUUGCUGCUGCUGCUGCUCUCGUCGCAGCCGAAAAGAACUUCAACCCCUUUGCCGUCUCCAUUCCGAGCAUCUGCUCCGAUGCCUCCCUCCCGGCCACCCCCGAGCUCCGCGGCAUCGUCCCCCUCGUCGACCCGGCGGUUGUUGGCGCAGACGUGGAGAACGCCAACUCCGCUUCCUCUCUUCAGAAUCCCUUCAACGCCGAUGGCCUGAGCGUUGCCGAAGUAGCCAUCGCCAACGGAUUCAGCAACUUCACCCUGCAAGGCUCCGAUGGCUCUACCGCCGCGGCUCCUGCUGGGGGCAACGCUGGCAACGGCAAUGCUGGUAAUGCGGGCAACAACACUGACAAUGCCAACAACAAUAACAACAAUAACAACAACAACAACAACAACAACAACAACAACAACAACAACAACAAUGGAGGAAACAAGAAUAAGGGUGGCAAUGGCUGCGGCGCCGUCAGGACUCUGACCACGGUUGUUACAGCCGCUCCGACGGCAACACCGGCCGCGGGCAACGGCAACAACAACAACGACAACAAUGAUGACGCCGACAAUGCCGACAACGGCAACAACAACAACAACAACGGCCAGCAGUCCUCAAUCGACGGUCUCGACUUUGGUCUCUGCGUGCCCACGAUGAAGUUUGUCGGCGGUCUCGGCGGCCGGCCGGCCACCGAGUUCACCUUCCAGGCCAUCGACCCCAAGAUUGCGGCCAACCAGCAGGAGGCGCUCAACCCCAACAUCAUCACCAACCGCAUCUGCGACGAGCUGACCAACAUCUGCGAGGCCAACCAGGCCGCCAAGGACGCCUGCGAGGAGGCCCAGGCCCAGAUCCAGGCGUUGGGCACCAGGGAUGCAUCUACCGCUGAGACGUGGAAUGAGUUGUUGGGUUUCGCUGGCGUUGAUGUCUCCCAGAAGUAA